UUACUUCCACCCCUUAUUUUACUUCCCCUCUUCCCAAACAAAGCAUAUACGUCGGUUCCGUUAAAAUCUUACAAAACCAGAAAUAUAGAAGCAAUAAAAUACGAAAUUUCAUAUGCAUAGAACCAGAAGUUAAAAAUGUCAAGUCUACCAGACGAGCUAUGGAGGCAAAUCCUCGAAAUCGGAAUACAGAAUGAAAAAUUCAGCUAUAAAGAUUUAUGUUGCGUCUCGAUCACCUGCAGACGCCUCCACCGAUUAUCCAGUGAGGACUCGCUCUGGUCCCACCUUCUCUCGUCGGACUUCCCUCAACCGCAAAAUCCUAGGAGCAACAACCACAGUCCCUCUUCUCGAUGGGCCAAAUCCAUCUAUGAAAUUAGAUUUGAGAGGGAGAAGGAGAGGAAGGUGGCAGCGCAUCGGAGGGCGGUGCUUAGAAAGGAAAGUGAAAUUAUGGAGCGGGAGAGGAAGAUGAAGGGAAUAGAAACUCGACUGUGUGAAGAGACUGAGAAAAUGAGAGCCACAGCUAGUGAAUUGUCGAACUUACACAAGGUCAGGCAAGCUUCUGUGGCUUUGAAUGUGUGGCAACCAGAGACUGUUAGAGGUAGGCAAAAGCAAAUAGUCGAGCAAUGUGCAGUUUCUGUUGAAUAUCGAUUUCAGUCACUCGAGAUGGAACUUAAGCUUUGCAAGCAACAAAUAGCAGCGUUCAAUAAGGCCUAUAGAGACGAGGAGCGCAGACUUGAGACAGCAAAGGAAGAGUUGGCAUCCAUGAAGUAUCACCCUUUACGAGAUUGUAGGCCGAUGAGUGGUGGGGAUAAUGAACACAACAAAAAGAGGAAGAAGCUGAAAAGAUGCGUUAACUUUCCAGAUAAAUAAGGCGAAAUAUCUGAGCUAGUAUCAGGGAAGCAACAGUGGACUAGUUGACAUUGUCAUUGCUCGGCUAGUUGGCACAUCCAAAUUGGACAUAUUGUUAGAGAAGUUGCUUUGUUUAACUCUUCCUGCCAUUCACAUUCUCCGCAAUGGCCAAUGUUCCAUAGGGAGGUUGGUCCAGAAUUCAUGAGUAUGAAAAAUUAUGCUCAAUUUGCAUUCCUAAUGGUAUUGGUAAACAAUGCAUGUUGUUAUCAUGUGCACAUAAAGAAUAGAAAAAUGCUGUUAUGCUUUCCUUGUAAUAGUAAGAAAAAACUCACCUGGGCAUCCUAGAUCUCCAAGAAUUUCAGAGGAUAUAAGAAUUUCCAACUAUAUAUACGUAUAAUUGGUAUUUGACCUGGUACCUGGCAAUUGACUAUAACUCCCACUUUACCUGAUGGAUUUACUGAAAGUCGGUAUGCAGAAUUGAUGAAGUGAUGAUAUGUGUAGUCAAUAUUUUCCCGCUGUGCCGGUCCUCUGGUCUGUGGUCCUGAUUUUGGUUGGACACUGUUGUCUGCUGGACAAUGCAGCUGAAGAGAAGUCUUCUUCAGAUCUUUUGCAAGAAGUGACGUCUCGAAGUCUUUGCCACAGCAAGUCCUUCUCAACACUGUAAGAAUCCUCCAUUGUGUUCAUGUUAAUAAUUGAAAGGUAUUCUUACCACCGAUUUUAAGAGUCUAAAUGCCAAAUUCAAACAGCUUUAAUCAUUCCCAUGAUGUUGGUCUUCAACAAAGGAUGUACCAUGCAAUGUUGUUACAUUUUGGUUCAGAUUUUCCAUUUCCCUUGCAAUUCCUUUAUCAAAAUGUGAUAUUUGCUGGACAAUUUUUAAACUCUGAAAUUUUAAUA